AUGGAAGACGAUUAUCACUACAAUGCUCUCUCUCAUCACGACUCCGAUCUCGACCUCAGCUUCACAAGCUCCACCUCCAUCGCCACCACCAGUGCUCGAUCAAGUCUUGCUCGUUCCAGUUUAUGCUUGAGCUUCAAUGAUCGCAUGUCCUCCGUCUCCGCGGGGACCCCUUCCACUGAAAUCCCUAACCUCCACUCUCGUCCCCACCGGAAAUCAGACACGAACUGGUCGGCGAUUAGAGCUGCUACUACUCUAUCCUCCGACGGCACGCUCCACCUCCGCCACCUCAAGCUCGUCCGCCAUGUCGGAUCUGGAAACCUCGGCCGAGUGUUCCUUUGCCGCCUUCGCGACUACGAUCACGCGAGUUUCGCUUUGAAGGUUGUUGAUAACAACUCGCUCACGUCGAAGAAGCUGUCACAUGUGCAAACAGAAGCUCGGAUUCUCUCCUCCCUGGAUCACCCGUUUCUUCCUACACUCUACGCUCACCUUGAAGUCUCUCAUUACACUUGCUUCCUCAUUGAUUUCUGUCCUAACGGAGACCUACAUUCGUUGCUCCGGAAGCAACCUAACUACCGGCUACCGAUUGAUUCCGUUAGGUUUUUCGCCGCUGAGGUGUUGGUUGCUCUCGAAUAUCUCCAUUCGCUUGGGAUCGUCUACCGAGAUUUGAAGCCGGAGAACAUUUUGAUCCGAGAAGACGGACACAUUAUGUUGUCGGACUUCGAUUUGUGCUUCAACGCCGACGUCGUUCCGAAACUGGAAAAAAGGAUUCACAAGAUAACAAGGAAGAAACACAGUGAUUGUUUUGGUUUAUACGGUGGCCGGAGCUAUACAGAAGAAGAAACAUUAACGGAGUUUGUAGCGGAGCCGACGACAGCCUUCUCGAAAUCGUGCGUCGGGACUCACGAGUACUUAGCGCCGGAGUUGAUCAGCGGAAAUGGCCACGGCAACGGUGUUGAUUGGUGGGCGUUCGGAGUUUUGGUUUAUGAGUUGUUGUACGGAAGGACGCCGUUUAGAGGAGGAAAUAAGGAGUCGACCCUGCGCAAUAUAGCAUCAACCAGUGAUGUGAGGUUUGAUGAAGAUAGCGCGAGAGGGAUGGCGCAGGCUAAGGACUUGAUACAGAAGUUACUGAUAAAAGAUCCACAGCAGCGGCUAGGAUGCGCCAGGGGUGCAACGGAUAUUAAACGGCACCCUUUCUUCGACGGGAUAAAGUGGCCGUUGAUCCGCAUGUACCGGCCGCCGGAGGUACGUGGGCUGGCGGUGAAGAGGAGUAGUAGGGCGCACGUUAGUCAUGUUAACGGGUGGCCAUCUUCACACAAGAAAAGGCGUUGGUUAUGGAAGGGGCUUAGCUGUAUAUUGUUGAAAAAUAAGGGGUCUAAACGUAACUUAAGUUUCAACCAGAAUUACUACCAAUACAAAAAUAGGAAAUAG